AUGACAGAAUGUUUUCAAUUUUGCAGCGCCUCAUCAGGGAACUCAAUAAGCUCGAGCAAUGAUGGAGCUACUUAUUCUGUGAAGCAUCAUCAUCAAGAUCAUAAUGGCGGCGAUAGCCCAAACAUAAUGCUGAGCGCUGAAGAUCGGCAAAAGAAAAAAGAAAUGGAUUCACUUCUUUCAGAGGCCAUGAAGACACUGACAUUCAAAGAGCAACAAGAACAGCUCGAGGCGCUUCAUGGGGUGGCACACGAGAUGACAGAGGAACCAUCCUUGAUAGAAAAUGCUAUUCGAGAUCUUGAUGAUUGUCUGAAGACUACAAAAGAGGGUACUGCGUACGAGGCAGCAGAACGAAGGAGCAAUGAAUAUGUCAGUAACAGACCCUUCCGACUCAUGUUCCUAAGGGCUAAUCGAUAUGACUCAAAGGCUGCCGCUGAUCAAAUGCUCAUGUUCUUUGAAGCCAAACAAAAACUAUUUGGAGCCGAGAAACUUGUCAAAGACAUCACAAUGAAAGACCUUGACGAAGAUGACCUCGCAUGUCUUAGGACUGGUUGCUUUCAGCACAUUGGAUACGAUCGAUCCAACAGAGCGGUCGUAUUUCAGGGCCCAGGCCUUCGAGCAUUCAGGAUCCUCGACAACGAAUUGCGUUUAAGAUACUAUCUUACUAUGCGAUUGUUGAGAUCAGAAGGAGUACAACGGCGAGGAGCAGUUGCAAUCAGGUACAGUGUCGGCAAUCUGAAGGACAAUAAGAAUGGUGAAGGUUAUUUGGAGCAUAUUCGUCUCCGAAAGUCACUUCCGAUUCGUUACGAAGGAGUCCAUGUGGCUUCCGAUGAUCCACGCCAGGUCCUCCUUGCCAAUGUCGCUCUCGCAGCAAUGGGUUCCAAGUUACGUACACGGUACCGAAUUCAUCAUGGCUCUCAUGUUGAGUGUCUCUACAAGCUUGCUACGUAUGGAAUCUCGGCAAAAAUCCUUCCUCUAACAGCAACCUAUGACAUCGACCUAAAGCUGCAUAUGGAGUGGUUCCAAUCCUGCCUCAUGGACGAUAUGAGCUCCCACUUUACUGCAGCUCAGUCACCCAUAUUGACGACGGAACUAAAUGCCAAUGAUGCACUCUUCAUGUGCUGCAAAAAGAGUCACACAUCGGGGAAUGAUCGACUCCGAAAGCUUGUGAAGGAAACGUCAGGCAUGUACGAUGCUGGCAAUUACGAAACGAAGAAAAGCAUUGCGGAUAAGGUGAUCAAUGAGAUCCAGGAACCAGGAGGUCGGUUCUUACAGCAUGUUAAGGGGUCCGUUGCAGUAUGGGAAGUGCUGCCGCCAAAGGAGAUUAGGGCAAAAACCACACAACUCUUUCGAAACUACAGACGGUCUAGCUCGAAAAACAACGUCAAGGAACGAACUCUGGUUUCUGCUGGUGCACUUCCGAAUGAUGUGGUAUUUGGCAGGUCGGAACGAAAUAGAGGGACCAAUUUGCUGCAUUGCCUCAUUAAAGAUCGAUUCGAAGAGUAUGAGGCGCUGAACCGUGGCAAAAAGCUGAUUGUCGUCAACUCUAUCGUUGAUCAGCUCAAGGGCGAAGGAAGUCGCUUCCUGCAGCCUACCAAAGACUUUCGGGGGUACGUGGAAUUGUCAGACGAAUUGGUUCGCAACCGAGUAUCCAAGUAUUUUCAAAACCAUCGACGCCGGAAAAGUUCAAGCUGUUAG